GGUAGUGUAUUGACUUUUAAUUUCUCGAAAUAAAUUUUGUUACAUUUUUUAAAUAUAUUUAAUUUUUUAAAAUUUAAUGUCUUGUUGACUUCAACGAAAAACUAUUGAUAAUAGGGAAUUUGCAUUAAAAAUAAAUACGGUUUUUUUAUAUAUAAAACAAAAGUUAAUGCGAUUUCGAAAGUAUUAAAAAAAUUUUUUUACAAUUUUCAUGCAUAAAUAACAUUAAAAAAUUAAUUUAAACUUUAACAUUAUUUGAAAUUUUCUCAACUGAGAGCAAACGAUUUUAAUUGGCUCUCAGAUUGGUGACGUCACGGGCAUAAAUGCAGAAGUGUAUGCUGUGUAUAUUCAUACGUAAUAUUUUUGUAAUCGGCUCGCAAUAAUUAUUGAAUACAUUGUUUUGAUUAAAAAUGGUAAAUAAAUUAGAUCCCGGUUUUGAAAAAGCUGAUACCACUAAUUUGCCAAAAAUAAAUGUGUUUAUGGUAUAUGAAUAUAUUACAAAUAAUGAGCGAUAUAAUGCACCUGAGGUUCGUGGAGUGAAAGCAACAUUAUCUUCAAGAGAGAAUUACGGAGACUCUGCAAUAGGUUAUGUUUGCGUAAAACGUGUAGGGUCAAUAUGCACAUUGAAAGGCAGAAUUUGUCCUGUACACCGAGUAAGAAGUAAAAAUUACACGGUAACGUUAACUGUAGAAGAAGUUAACGAACAAGUUAAAAAAGUAGAAUAUCUUGAUUGCGCUGCGUCAUUGGGUGGAUGUAAACAAGGAAUUGCUUUUUUAAUGUGGGCAAACUGAAGAUAUGAAUCGCCAUCUCCAACAGAAGUGGAAUGUUACUGGAGGAAAUCAGCCUUAGCCAAAGUCGGAGAUACACACAAAUUUGUUUUGACUAGUGAAUUGAAAAAAAAAUCGAACGAUUCAGUUGAAGAUUUCGGUGAUAAUUCGACGUUUUUAAACAAAGUAAUUGAACAAGCUGCAGCCAAACAGUUAGAUAGCCAAUUAUCAAGACAUGCAUUUGAUUUAGAAGAGAGAAAAGUUCAUGCCUUGUCCAUACAUCAACUUAUAUUUAAUUUAAUUUAGUAGGUAA